AUGAAGUUCAUUCUCGCUCUCUUCGCGGUCACUCUUGUUAGUCCUGCGCAAGCGCUGGUUCACAAGUUGAAGCUCCAGAAAAUCCCCGCGGCCGCCCAACGGAUGGUAAGCAACCUGGUAUCAAAGAAAGACAAAAGUACAAAGAAACGAGCUAAUAUUCGGCACAAAGAUCGCAACAAUCAGGCAAGCAACGGUCACCCAGAUUCGAUAACUAACUUCGAGAAUGCGCAGUAUUUUACCAACAUUACUAUUGGCACGCCUCCGCAGUCGUUCAAUGUAGUCCUUGAUACUGGAAGUUCGAAUCUCUGGGUUCCAGCUAGGUCCUGCACUAGUGCCGCAUGCUUGGUUCACUCAAGAUAUGACUCUUCCGCUUCAACCACCUACAAAAAGAACGGUACAGCGUUUAAUAUUGUCUACGGUAGUGGUAGUUUGUCUGGAUUUGUCUCACAAGACGUUGUCUCAAUCGGCGACAUUACGAUCGCUGGGCAGGACUUUGCUGAAGCAACGAGUGAGCCUGGUAUAGCCUUUGUUUUCGGCCAAUUUGAUGGAAUUCUGGGUCUCGCCUACGACUCCAUCUCUGUUGAUCAGAUUGUCCCCCCUUUCUAUAACAUGAUUAGCCAGGGGCUGGUCGACGAGCCGGUAUUCGCCUUUUACUUAAGCGAUACUGAUGCAGGGAGCGAAGUGGUUUUUGGAGGCAUUGACCACGACCACUACGAAGGCGGUAUUUCCUACCUUCCCCUCAUUAAUGAAACCUAUUGGGAAGUUGGCAUUGAGUCCAUCAUCCUGGGCAGUGAUGUCACGAAGCUAGACAAUUAUGGCGCUGUUAUCGAUACAGGAACUUCCCUUAUUGCCAUGCCUUCUGAUCUUGCUGCGGCAUUUAACCAGAAAAUCGGCGCGACUCAGCUUUUAUCCACCGGAGAAUACACUAUAAAUUGCGCUAACCGCAACUCUCUCCCGGACCUGACGUUCAACCUCGGUGGCAUCAACUUUACGCUAUCUCCUACAGAGUAUAUCUUGGACAACGCUGGUGAAUGCAUCUCUGUCAUCGAAGGCGUUAACUUACCCGCUUCUAUUGGCAAUAUUAUCAUUCUUGGAGAUGCCUUUAUACGCAGCUAUUAUUCUAUUUUUGAUCUCGGAAAUAGCAGAGUUGGUCUUGCUAAGAGUAAAUAACCAGUGGAAUGGCCUAUAACGUAUUUCACAAGCGAACGAACGGGUCAGACAAAGCGAGCGGACC